GCCAACUUUGCCCUAGCAGCACCACAAGACGAUACAGAUCAAAUUCCAUCACAACUCUACAACCACAACUCGGAUACCCUUUUCUUUCGAUAAAAAUUGUCGCCUAUACGGGGCGAUCAUCAUGGCGGGCGGUGACCAUGGUGGCGAGUCGAAUGAUACACCUGAGCCAGUCAUCAAAAGCUUCGCCACGCUCAAUCAGUUGCAAAUCGGUGUGAAAGCUUUUGUCGAAAAAAAUGGUGAAGCGAGAAAGGCAGAGAUCCUGUCAAUAAAGCAGAGGAAUGGGGGAGAUCUGACAUUCUACGUUCAUUACGUCGAGUUCAAUAAGCGUUUAGACGAAUGGAUCUCAGCCGACCGCAUCGAUCUGUCACAAGAGGUCGAAUGGCCGGCUCCCGAAAAGCCCGAGAAGAAGAAAACCACCGUCACAACCAAGGCCUCUACGAAAGCGCCACAAGCGAAAUCCAUCGCCACAAAAGCCGGCCGCCCUCGUGCAGAUUCACGCGCGGGCUCUGCGACGCCCGACCUGCUGACUGCAAAAGCCGGCAAUGACCGGAAACGCGUCGUCCCCUCGAAAGCCGGUGGGAAGGAGAACCGCGAGGACAGCGAUGGCGACCCCUUGCUCGCACAGGCCGGUACGCCGCUAGCCAGCCUCAGUCAUGAAGACAGCUUGGAGCUGCCUACCAGGGAUGGUGAUGUCGAGAUGCCCGACGUGACCAAGACAGAAGAGAAGGUGGCGCCGAUCAUGGAACCUGAGGAAGAAAUCGAGAAACUCCGGACCGGCGGCUCAAUGGUCCAGAACCACGCGCAGCUCCAUCUCGUUCGCAACCUCAACAAGAUCCAGAUGGGCAAGCACGUCAUCGAGCCGUGGUACUUCAGCCCGUACCCACAAGAAUUCGCAGAUGUCGAUAUGGUGUAUGUGGACGAAUUUUGCCUGUCAUACUUCAGCUCCAAAAAGGCCUUCGAGCGGCACAGGAGUAAAUGCGAGCUGCGCCACCCGCCGGGCAACGAGAUCUACCGCGACGACUUUGUGAGUUUUUUUGAGGUCGAUGGACGGCGGCAGCGCACGUGGUGUCGCAAUCUGUGCCUCCUCUCCAAAUUGUUCCUCGACCACAAAACAUUGUACUAUGACGUCGAUCCAUUCCUGUUCUACUGCAUGGUCACGCGCGACGAACACGGGUGCCAUCUCACCGGCUAUUUCUCCAAAGAGAAAGAGUCCGCCGAAGGGUACAAUGUCGCGUGUAUUUUGACAUUGCCGCAAUACCAGCGCCAAGGCCUGGGACGCUUGCUCAUUGCGUUCAGCUACGAACUGAGCAAGCGGGAGGGAAAGCUGGGCAGCCCGGAAAAGCCGCUGAGCGAUCUAGGGUUGCUAGGUUACAGGCAAUACUGGAAAGAAGUGCUGGUGGAACUGCUUAGUGAUCCGGCGCGGUUGCCGCCGCCGGGCAGCGCAAGCCAUACCCCUUCGUCCGAGCAUUUGCACCCGCAUAGCAGUCUCGCGUUCGGCUCGCCCAGUAGCCAGUUCAGUACGAGUAUUGCCGAGAUCGCAAGUCUGACCAGCAUGACGGAGAAGGACGUUCAUGAGCAGCUUGAGGUGUUGAAGCUGUUGAGGUAUCACAAGGGCGCCUGGAUCAUCGUCGUCAGGGACGAGUUGCUCGAGUGGCAAGAGAAGAGGCGUGAAAAGGAGAAGCUCAGGGGCGCCAGGAGGAUCGAUGCGAGUAGGUUGAAUUGGAAACCGCCUGUUUUCACGGCCAGUAGUCGGACCUGGAACUGGUAGUCGAGUUGUACGGCAGGGGUGGCUUCUUGGGUUUGUUGUUUAGCAUGGCGCUGGCGGUGGGAUUGAGCAAAGAAUCGCGCGCCAUCAAUGGGUUGCCUAACACUGGGCGGGGAUCAAGAUCGUUAUGGUUACAUUCGCAUGGUAUCGAACAUCAAUAAUAUAUUCACCAAGC